AGCGGAAGCCCAGAUUCAGGUAGAGCGACAGCAGCAGCAGCAGCAGCCUCGGUCCGGUCCGCUGACGCUUGUAGUCGCCUCUGACACGGCUGACGUUAGCUCGGGUUUGGCCCGGUGGGGUUGGUACUUUAUCUACUUCACCUGCACAGUAAACAUUAUGUCGGCCGCGGAUCCCCGGACCUCGAGUGACGGCGGGCCGGCCAGCAGAGGAGGAUUCCCGGCUGGGGAGAGUAGCAACGAGCGCGACGGGCCAGGCGGCAGCAGCAGCGGCGGCGCGGAGGGCGAACCGGAGCGGGACCGGGCCACCUUCGAGUGCAACAUCUGUCUGGACACCGCCCGGGACGCGGUCAUCAGUAUGUGCGGACACUUGUUCUGCUGGCCCUGUCUUCAUCAAUGGUUGGAGACGCGGCCCAGCAGGCAGCAGUGUCCUGUGUGUAAAGCGGGCAUCAGCAGAGAGAAAGUCAUCCCGCUUUACGGCAGGGGGAGCUCCAGCCAAGAGGACCCCAGGUUGAAAACUCCCCCUCGGCCACAGGGACAGAGAACAGAGCCGGAGAGUCGGGGCGGGAUGUUUCAGGGUUUCGGGGACACCGGCUUUCACAUGUCUUUCGGCAUCGGUGCUUUCCCCUUCGGCUUCUUCACCACAGUCUUCAACGCCAACGACCCCUUUCACAGAGCAGACCAGUAUGCAGGGGAUCAGCAAGGCACCCCUAACCUCAACAACGGCAGUAACAACUGGCAGGACUCCCUCUUUCUGUUUGUGGCCAUCUUCUUCUUCUUCUGGCUGCUGAGCGUGUGACGUGGACCGGAGUCUCUGGAGUCUCUAUUAGCAAGAGGGAGGAGUGCGGGAAAAAAACCCAAACUAAACUAAAGCCACAGACACACACUCAUUCUACAUUUCCUAGCAUGUACUAACUUGAGAGAGAGUGGAGUAUUGUGUUGGAUCCCAAAACAAGAAGUACACGAUGUAUUAUAUCUAUUUGGUUUUCCCCUCCUGGCAAAGGCUGGUUCACUUCCUCAGCCCCGGCUAACUGCUUCAUUGAUUUUUGUUUACCCAAGUUGUGCGUAAACCCAAAAUCAUGAAUCAUGUUGGCGCUUGUUUUCUUCAUGCACCUGUACAUAAACACAGCCAGAACAAUAACUGCUGGGGUUCAGAGACAGUAUUAAGUGAUCAGGGUAUGUCAUGGCUUUUCUUUUUUUUAAGGUGCGGAAGAGGUGGGUGAAGGAUAAUUUGGGGCAGAGACUAGUUCUGUGUUUUUUUGGUUUUUCACAUUCCUCUUGUGGAGUUAAAUGAAAAGAGAGGGAAGGCUAUUUGUUAUUUCUUACUCUAGAUGGCCAAAGAGUAGCGGAUGAUUCAUGUCCGAUGUCAGGGGGGUGGAAAGUGUAAAUGAUUUGUGUUCCUGUUUACAGUUUCCUUGUGAAUUGAACAAGAACUCCUAGAAUUAGCGACUAAUGCUUGAGAACAGACAGACAAGUAGAAAUAGCACGGAUGGAUUUUUUUAUACAUUUGUCUUAACGAAAACCUGCCAUUGCACUGUGAAGUCAUUUGUAGACGCAACUGUCCUAAAGAUUGGAGCGUGUGUUGGCGUGUAACCACUUGUUGUGUCUUUCCUCACAAAGCUGUACAAACAAGGGACGAUUUAGCCCCAGUUUGGGAGAUUUUUUCGCAUCAACACGAGCAACUUGAGAGUAAAAAGCAAUCUGACACACACAGUUUGUUUAUUAAAGAGCAAAUUGUUGAGAGAGAAACGUUCUGACUAAUAAAGUAGCUCGAUAAGAUCUACACAAUACGUCUUGAAGGCAGACUCGAUGCAACGCACGAGCAGAAUCCUUUCAGUCAUUUGUUGAAGGGAGAAUUUACAGGAAGCUUUCUGUCAAGGUGAUUCGUUUUUUCUUGACUAUGUGUCAGUGUGUCUGAGUGAGUGUGUAAACAUUAUAUAUUUGUAUAUAUGAAUAUUGUAAAUGCUGUUUUUACGUGUUUGAGUGGAUGACCAGCCACAGGUCAGAAGGUUUGAGCGAGUUGGCCUCAAGAUGCUUUUGUAAAUCAAGUGAAUUCCUUUUAUUAGAAUAUGCUUGCAGCCCAAAUAACUCCUACAAACUUCACCAAUUAAUUUAAAUACAUAAAGUUUGUCCUUCCCUGCUAAUGUGAUUUGAUAUGGGGAGAUUUGCUCUUUUGUAACUGACACAGUGGACCUUCAUUUACUGAACACUGUUUAAAGCAGUUGAGCUAAACUAACACGCAUUCAUCUUAAUAAUAUCUGACAAGUUAAGGAAAAAGUGACACUCACUUCUUUCUUACUCCACACACACUUCUUUCAGUUUUAUACUUGUUUUCCGCCCCACACAGCUCUGGAGCCACAAACCGCUUCAUGGGAGUUUUUAUUCACCACAUAUACACUAUAACUUCCAAACAUAAUCAAACACAUUUUGGUGUGUGAUACCGCUGUAAUUCAGUAAUUCAUCUAAUCUAGAUGCAAUGGAUCGGACAAUAAAACAUCACCCAGGGUCAGAGGAACUCAAGGUUUUCUGUGGGAGAAACAGGAGCUCGUCAUUUCUUUCAUACCUGUCUGUUCAAGCUACUUUUUGUAUUAUAAGGCUUAUGUGACACUAAGUGAUGGAAGUCACGAUUUGACAGAGUUAAAUGGGAGACAUUGUGCAAAACCAAAUGAUGUAAGAGAUUAAAACUUAAUUAAAAACAAA